AUGGCGGAAGCUCCCGGAGGAAGCGGGACUGUGUUUGGGACCAGGUCAUCCACAGCCCCCACCCUUUCAAGCUUGCUGUGGCACCUGAAGCGCUACGCACGGUUCCUACCCUCAGAAACGCGGGUUGAGAGAGACACCGGAGCCGAGCACAAGUCUUCGUGGAAGGUUUUUGAAUCUGGGGCUGAAGGACAACUGACCUUAACCAUAGUCCAGUCAGGGCAUUUCCUUAUAUCGCAAGGACAAGGGCUGCUGAAUGAGAGCCGCAUGUUCCGGAUGCAGUUCGGGGGGGGCUCCAGGGAGCAGGCAGUGGAGCAUUGUGGGAGCGCCGUGCUCACUCUGCAGCAGUAUGUAACAGUGAAGAGCCAGGACACGGGGCAACCAGCGCAGGGGACAGAUUUAGCCGGGGGAGCUGGGUCAACAUCAGAAGUCAGAGAUUCAGAGGGCAGAUUACCAAUCAAACGUCUUGCACAGUCCUUGCUGGGAGAGUCGAAGCUCUCCCUGCCGCUGGCCUAUCGGCACUCCACUCUCCCGAGCGAGGAGCUGGGCCCGUUCCUCCGGCUGUGCCUCCUGGAUCAGAGCUUUCCAGCCUUUGUGGAGCAGGUGGAGAAGGAGCUCCGCAAGAUAGCAAACGAGUGAGGGGCCUGGAGCAGACUCCUUCUGCAGAAAAUCAUCCCACCUCACUAGAUGUAUUGCUAUGUAUUUGAUAACCUCAGCAAACCUGGAGUCUAUGCACAACACUUACAUUGGUCCAGCUGGUUCAUCGUCUGCAGAACAGAAGGAAUCCAGCGAGGGGCACAGAGAGAAGAGAAGUGAGUUAGACAUCGCUGCAGGACCAGAGCAGACCGCUCUCUGCAGUCUGGGUCCAUGUUUAAAUAACUCGCUGAGCAUUUCUCAUUGGGGAAGCCUUUUUUUUUCCCAUGGAGUUAGUUUCAUAGUUUAAAAAAUUAUUAAAAAAAUGCUGUUACAUGAUUCAUUUAACACUUUAAAAUGUUCUACAUGAAAUACUGCAACUGGUGUGGACAGAUUUAAGCUUUUUUUUCUAUUUCUUUGUUAUUUCAAUUGUUGUUCAGUUUGUCCCCCAAGUUCCAGUAGUUCACUCAUUUUAGAGUAGAUUGACAAGACUUAAACCAACAUCUCAAGUGUGGAAUACUGCUGACUAGCUUUUUUCACCCUUAUAGUAAACGAAAUAUGAAGAAUUAAGGUUGUUGGGGUGUGGGGUCUCAUUAAGACAUGCUGUACUUUUGGUUUGUAUCAACUGCAUCCCUAUUUUAUUUGCAAGGGUUAUUCUCAAAAGCAAUCAAUUGAUAGCUGGGAUUUGUUACAGUAUCAUUGCAUCGGU